GACCUGGGCGAUGACUGCCUGAGGCGUCCCGACGUCGUUUGGGUCUCCAUUUGACUUAAUCAACAUCAACAUCAACACUUCUCCCCGUCACCGCUAUUAUUAUUGCAAUCCUAUCUUCACCUUCAUAAUCCUAUUCGCUUCAACAACAAGGGGCUCCACUAACUAAACCAUCCAACUUAGGAGCCCUUCCUCAUCGUUUUUCUUUAAUCAUAAUGGACCCCUCUUCUUCUCAGAACCCCGCCACCCAGAAUUCCCCGAAACAGACACAGAAUCCGUCCGGAGGCUCACGGAUGAAUAUUAGCCAUCGACCAGCCAGUCGGAAGCUAAGUCCAGACUCUUCGUCCAAUAAUAGGAAUGCCCCUAUUCCUGACGAUGAGCACGGGGCAGAUUUGCCCCUGACUAUGUCCGCUUCGAUGGUGCUAACUAGUCUCCCGCGCGAUGCUCACCAAGCCCUGGCGGAUGCGGAGGCCGUGGAUACGGGGAAAGUUACAGUCCGUUUCCAGCCUCUAGCUUCAGCGCCCAUACUGAAAAACAAAGUUUUCAAAAUCAGUGCCUCGCAGAAAUUUGAGACGGUCGUCAAAUUUCUCAGAAAGAAGUUAGAAUGCAAGGAGACGGACUCUGUCUUCUGCUAUGUGAAUAGUGUCUUCGCUCCUGGGCUAGAUGAGGGCGUCGGAGGCUUAUGGAGAUGCUUUAAAGUUGACGAGCAAUUAAUUGUAUCAUACUCUAUGACGCCUGCGUUCGGAUGACGAGUUUGUAAUGACCCUUGCCAACACACUGGGUUAUGGUUAUAACUUAUGUCUAACGCGACGAUCCCGAAAGUCAUUUCAAUGGAAAAGCUGAUUGGGAUUGAAAUUUUUCAAAAAUGAGCGGGAACAUAGAGAACAGCCAGCUGGAAUCUCC